GGGAACUGAUCUAAUAGUACUGUUUCGCAGUAUCUGGGCCAUCAUUCUCCGCAAAUAAUUCAAGUCGGGCCGGCUAUGCUUCCAGGCGAGAGGCAUGACUGCGGCUUGCUCUGAGUUGGAGGAGCUGGUGUAUCAAGGGAUGUCUGCAACAGCAUCGCUCAUUCACCUACUCUCACCUGAUACGGCUCGAUACUACAGACAUUGUUGUCUGCGGGUGAGCCAUUGCAGCAAAGAAUGAUCGAAAUGUGGGCCACUCGAGUCAAUCUUAUAAGCGCGUACAGCCCAUCGGAGUGCAGUAAGAUACCCGUUAGUGACACUUGUCGGAUAGUAGAGCCGAACAAUAUAAGCACUCAUUUGCCACUUGAUGCUCAAGGAGAACUCCUGGUUGAAGGGCCAAUCGUUGGUUUCAGAUAUGCAACAAUCCUCGGCGCCCAAGAGAUACAUUUCCAGUAUCACUGCCUCGCUGGCUCCGCUUCAUAUGCGGAGUUUUGGUCCACACGAGUAUCUACCGCACAGGAGACAUCAUACGAUAUAAUUUCUACGAAUCUCUGCAUUACGUGGUCCGUAAGUUUUCACGGAUCAUGUUACAAGGGCAGCGGAUCGAGCACGCCGAGGUGGAAUAUCACGUUCGGCUAUGAUCUUCAAGCGCCGUCCAGGUAGCUGUUGAUAUGGCCAAGUUUGACGAUGUUGAUACCAGCACCC